AUGCUUACCAUUGGAACUUUCCAGGGCUCGCAAAUCAUUCGAUUUGUCGAUGCGUCGCCAUGGCUCAGUGACAUCGUCGUUCACGUGUUUCUUGUCCAACCGCGUUGCGACCUUGACCGUUUCGUUCCUGGCCCAGUGGCUGCUGUUCUUUUUCAUCCAUCCCAGCUCGUUAAUUUCAACUUCUCACAUUCCUUUCUUUCUUCAUAUUGCCGUGCGAUAUUACCCAGUCUCCCAACACAACCUAUCUUCACCCGUGACAGGCAGGCAGGCUCUACCUCUCCUCGCAAGACGCCUCGUGGUUCGGGUCCAAAGUUCUCGUCGUAUCUGCUCCACGCAUAUCACGGCCAAGACUCCUCCCUCCCUCAAUUCGUCACUGGACGCAUUUUCGACCUCUCUUCACGUCCAGCUCGCACAUACACGGCCAAUUUCCCGUUAAUUCGCACUUCUGAGCUCUUCCCCCCAGCUGCCUCAGACACCAUGGGCCAAUUCGACUUCAUGAAGUCCAUCGGUGCCACCGAUGAAGCAGUCGCCGUCCUCAACGAUCAGCCAUACUUGUUCACUAUCCUCGUCGUCGUCCUCGUCGCCCUCAUCAUACAAGGCGUGCUUAUCUGGUACAUCCACUACGCAACCAUGAAACCGGAACAGAAGAAGAAGAAAGAAAAGAAGGGCGACAAGAAGGAGGGUGGCAAAAAAUAA